GUUAGGAUAGCACACAAAGACUUAGGACACAAGGGAAUCUUUGCAGUACGAGCCUGUUUACUGGAUCAGUUCUGGUGGCCAUCUCUUACAGAAGACAUUAAGUACUUUAUUAGGACUUGUCAUGCAUGUCAGACUUGGCAGAUGCAACAAGUGCUGAUUCCACCAAGUAUUCUAGAGAUUGUGCUACUUUUCCAAAAGAUCCACAUAGAUACAAAGCUUGUAACAGACAACAGAACACCUUAUGUUGCAGUACUAGACUAUUUGCAAGAACAGUACUACAUCAAUCAUAUUCGGAUUUCUACAUAUAACUCCUGCACAAACAGAAUUAUUGAGCAGAAACACUUGGAUGUACAGGAAGCAAUUGUAAAGACAGUAGGAGACAAUAUUGGACAUUGGUAUAAGUACAUGCAUUCUGUGUUCUGGGCAGAGUGGAUUACAAUUCAGAAAGCAACUGGAUAUUCUCCUUAUUACCUUGUUCAUGGAGUAGAGCCAAUAUUACUGUUUGACCUGAACAAGGCAAUGUAUUUGGUUCCACCUGAAGGAUCACUACUAACAACAGAGGAACUGGUAGUAAUACAAGCACAACAAUUGCAGAAGAGACCAGACAACCUUACACAAAUGAUGGAAUGUGUUUGGAACACCUGUGAAAGAUAUGCAAAGCAUUUUGCAGAAGUCAAUUGUAAUCGGAUCAAGGACUACAACUUUGCUCCAGGUACACUAGUGCUAAUCCACAAUUCAAAAGUGAGCAAUGACUUAGGACGAAAGAUGAAACUGUAA